UUAAAAAAGAAAAUAAACUCCUCGCCCUCUUAACCCCCUCCCUCUCAACAGCGUUGGUCCAUUCUUUCACCAGUCUUGUUGGAACGCUUUUCCAUCGAAAUUAGGGUUCCGAACUUCUUCAAGUCAUGAAAAGAAAAAAAGGUUCAAUUGCCCCUGCUAGGGCUGGCCAAAGACGCAAUAAAUCAAAAGGGAAAGUUGAUGAGGCAGAAAGCCAUCAACUUUGCCCUUAUUUUGAUAAUCUUCCGUCUCACGUUAUUGCUCACAUUCUGCUUCAACUUCCAUUUAAGUCGCUUCUCAUUUGUAAAUCUGUGUGCAAAAUUUGGAAAACAUUGAUUUCAGAAUCACAUUUUGCUAAAUCCCACUUUGAGCAAUCACCACUCAGUCUCAUGAUUCGGACCAAUGACUAUAGCCGAGUUUCAAGAACAAUGUACCUUCUUGAGUCUGAUCCUCAAAAGUUUGAGAUUGGAAGCAACGAUCAUGUGAAACUUGUGCCUAUGUUCAAGCUUCCUCUCAGAUCAUUUAGGGAUAAAAGAGACCAGAUCAAUAAUGAAUCCAAGCGACCUUUUCGUGCUGCGAGAUUAGUUUCAGGGAAAAACGACGAGAACAGUUAUACGGGUAGACAAAGUCUUUAUAUUGCUUGCAAAAGAGAUUUUGAUAAGUUUGAUAUUGUGAAUUCUUGCAAUGGUUUACUUUGUUUGUCUGACCCAUCUUUUGGAAACCCAUUAGUGAUCUGCAACCCAGUCACUGGGGAGUUUAUAAGACUUCCUGAAUCUAUUGCGGAUCAAAAUCGGGUAAGAAGGCUAGGACAAGCUGGUUUUGGUUUCCAACCUAAAACUAAUGAAUAUAAGGUGAUAAACAUGUGGGUGAGACAUGUUAAACGUGCCAAUGUGUGGGAGUUUGAGCGUUUGACCCUUGAGAUAAACACACUUGGAACCCCAUCCUGGAGAAAUGUUGAAGUGGAUCCUCAAAUUUCUUUUUCGAGUCUAAAGUAUCCCACUUGUGUGAAUGGUGCACUACAUUGGCUAAGAUUUGAUGGUCUGCAAAGGUCAAUAUUGAUUUUCUGCUUUGAAAGUGAGACGCUGAAGUCAUUUCCUUCUCCUCCACAGAUGUUUGGAAAUCAUAAUAAUGGAUUUCUUAGUAAUAGACAUAUUAGCAUGGGAGAAUUAAAGGGAUUUCUUUACAUUUGUGAUUCGACCUUUUUAUCUGAUGUUUCAAUGUGGGUUAUGAAUGAAUAUGGCAUUGGAGAAUCAUGGACUAAGAUUUACAACAUUGAUACUUCAUUCAAUCCUUCGGAAAGUCGUGUUCCACGGAGAUAUGGUUUAAGCUGGCCAAUAAAACACUUUGAAGAAGGUGCUGCCAUAUUGUUAUAUCAUUCCUGCAAUUGUUUUAUCUACUAUGAACCUGAGAAAUAUGGAUUCGAAGUUUUUCGAAUUUACGGGAGUAGUUCAAAUUUUUUUGAAGUAAUCCCACACAUUCCAAGUCUAAUUUCAUUGAAGGAUGUUUUGAAAGGUGACAAUAUUGAGGUUCUGAAUAUCCACUCAAGGUGUGCAAAGUUUAAAUUGCGGGAAGAAAAGGAAGUUCUUUCUUUGCGAUCUCAACGAUUGUUUGAGACUUGAAGUUCAUGUUUUUCAUCAUCUUAUGGUGACUUGAUAAAUAUAUCUGCCUCCUUAUCUGAUGGUGAAGAACCUGCUUCCUAAGAAGAGUGUUCAAAUUUUUUAAUUUGCAUGAAGAAAAUGAAGAUCUUGUUGUACAGACAAUACCUUUGUCGUUCGGUGCUGACGCUUUUGGUGAAGAGUACAACUGAUUAGAAGGAAUUUCAAACAGUAGGCAGGGUUAUAAUUUGGCUAGUUAUGAUUUUGAAAAAAAAUACAUUUCUUGUUUUAGGAUGCAAAUGAUGUAUUUUUUUGAAAAAUUUAAUCUAGAUGUUCAUUAAUCAUUAUCUAUGCUUUAACGAGGCUGUCUUGAUUUAGAAAAAGACUGAUUAUUGCUCAGCUAUUUCAUUCUGUUUCCUGA